AUGAGCCUUGGGAGCCUUGCCUUUGACGACAAUGCGGCGUCUGGGCAUCCUCAGUCAGGCAAGCUCGGCUCAGAUGGCCGCAUCAAGGUCCAGAUCCAUCGUAACGCACAAUCCGUUGUGACCUGGUUCAGGAACUUCCAGCCUCCAGACAGAUGCGAAAAGCCCCCUAAGCAGCGGAAGUUCAGCACUGUCGCCCUGUCUGGCUACAGGCCAGCCUCGGUGCCGCGGCUGCACAUUGUCAUCCACAUCGUCGGGUCAAGAGGCGAUGUGCAGCCGUUCAUUCCCAUCGCCCAGGCGCUCUCCAGCCCGCCAUAUGGUCAUCGCGUGCGCAUUUGCACCCAUCCCGUCUUCAAGAGCUUUGUCGAGGAGAAUGGCAUUGAGUUCUUCAGUAUUGGCGGCGAUCCGUCCGAGUUGAUGGCGUAUAUGGUGCGUAACCCUGGCCUUCUUCCCUCCCGCGAGAGCGUCAAGGCGGGCGACAUCGGUAAGAGGCGUAAGGAGAUGUGGGAGAUCAUGAACGGCGCUUGGGGGGGCUGCAUCGAGGCUGGUGAUGGUCUCGGACGACGUUUUAGAGCCGUUGAUGUACCCGAUGUCAAGGACUUGUUCAUGGCGGACGCCAUUAUCGCCAACCCACCUUCCAUGGCUCAUAUCCACUGCGCCGAAAAGCUUGGGAUUCCUUUGCACAUGGUUUUCACGUGA